AUGUCGAUUCUCUCAAGGCUUAGACGUACCAAAAAGGCCAUUGCACAGAACAAGGCCAAAGUCACCGCCGAAGAAGAGGAUAAAAAGAAAUCCGAAGAAGAAGCUGCCAAAGCUCCAUACAAACACGUUCCAUCACAUGCUUCAGUCGAUGCCCUCUUCGGCGCCCCUCCCACUUGGAAACAUGAAGAUCGACCCAAAAUCAUCGAACACAAUAGACGCAGAAGUCAGAGAACGGUUAGUCGUACGCAUAGUACUCUAUCCACCGUUUCAUCCGCAAAUCCCACUCCUCAUCGUACACCUGCUGCGACCCGCGCCCCGAGUUAUGAUGGCUAUAAUCCCACGUGGAAUUCUCGUAUUGCACAUGUAUCGUUUUUCGAAGAACUUAAUCGAUCAACUCCUCUUCCUCCAAUCAAAACUCAAGUUCCAAAUGCUCCCGAUUCGGCUGUCGGUAUAAGUCCUGUAUCAAGUGUUGCUCAAAGUGGUGCUAUGUCCCAAAAAGCCAGUCCUGCAUCAAGUGUUGCUCAAAGCGGAGCUAUAUCCCAAACAGCCAGUCCUGUAAACAGUAAAAUAUCCUCCUCUUCAUCAUCAUCCAGCGAAUUAGGAAUGGAACUCGGCGCCAGAACACCACGCAGACCUCUUCCAAGUGAUGCUUUCAAACAUCAACCAGUAGUCUUCCACAACUACGAUAUUUUACAAAGAUUACAUACAAGCACCACGCGCAAAUUAGGAGAGGCUCCUAUUCUCAAAGCUCCUACUGCUGAAGUACAAGUACCAAAACCUGUUGUGGUAGCACCGGUUGCGCAAAAGAAACCUGUUGCGGUAGCACCACUUGCAGAAUCUCGUUGGAGUCGCAUGGGAAAGAAAAAUGAGGAACCUACUAAGAAUUGA